AGCUGACAAUUGACAUUACUCGGUUCGGUGCGGUUCGGUGGUUCGACCUCGGUUGUUGCAGGAAUGAUAUCAUCCAAAAAGAAGUAAUGCAAGGUUAAUUAGUACAACAAUAAUAUUUUUAAUAUGAAAUCAUGGCCGACCGCCUCCGCCAGAUCGCACAAAAGGUUAAAGACAAAUUCAACCUGCCUCAGAUCAAAGUAAACGGCCGGGAAAAAGUUGACCAGUUGGUAACCAAGUAUGUGCCAGCUACUCGGGUUACAGAAAUUGCCGAGAAGUUCAAACAAGAAAGUAUUGUUAACAGGGUCAAAGAAAUGGUGUCUAGAUAUGAGAAAUUCACUGGUAUUGAAGAAAUUAUGGCCAUACAAAACACCGUUGUCGAAGCCCAAGAGCGUUUCAUGACAGCACAAGAGAGGAGGCGAGAGAUGGGUAAAGAACUGGCAGCUAUUGAGGCGAGGCUGAAAGAGUUGCAUGCAGAUAUGCAAAAUACUAUGAAAGGGGAUGAGAAAUACCUACAACUUUGUACUGAGGAGCACAAGCUUAUCAUCCAAGAGCGGGCGUUGCGUACACUAUUCUCUGACGCUGAAAGAGAAGAAAGAGAACUUUUUGCAUCUAUGUCAGCAGCUGUCAAACUUGGCCAUGAAAGAGAAAGGGCACACGCUGAGCGAAAUAAAUACUGGUAUAUUGUCGCUUCAAUUUUUGGUACAUUACUUGGCAUAGGUGGCUCCACUAUAAACAACCGUCUAAAAAUGAAUGAAUUCAAAGAUUUGAUGGAGGAGCAAAUGGCGCGAAGUGCAAGUGUUUUGUACACCAUUGCAGGCGGUGGAUCGGCCAGUCGAGCUGAAAUUGCCGAUGCUAUGAAAACGGAGUUUGCAUAUCAGGAACAACUCGCCAACAAUUUGAAUUUAAUGCAAGAGAAUAUUAACACUUUAGUCAGUAAACAAUCAUCAUUGAUCGAUCACUUAAGUACUCAAGAAUACAUGAUAGAAACCCAAAUGCGUGAUUUGAAACGGUUAAUAAUAGCUGCUUCACAAACCAGCGCAAAAUCUGACGCAAAGUUAGCAAAAGCAUUAUCGGAAGUACAUCAGGAACUAGAAGAAGCAGAUAUCGAACGGGACAAAAUUCAAGAGAUGAAGCCAAUUACUAGUACUUCAGAGGCGAACCAAAUUUUAACUGCUCUUGGCAUCCUUCUGUGCGCAGCUGUUAUCUUUGGAAAUGUCUUCGGGCGAAUCAGUUGAUUUAUUUUGUUCAAACCGAAUUUUUUAAAGUUAAUUUAUUAUAUUUACUAAUUAUAAGAAAAAGUUAUUGAAAAGUAUAUUUUAUAAUGUUCGUGGAGCCUAUAUUAAAUCGUAUCUUGGUAUGGGAAAAUUCUUUGACAUCAGUGGUUUGAAUAUAAUAUGUAUUAUUUUAAAGUAGUAAAUAUGUUCUAUCGUAAUGCAUGUUCUAUCGUAAUAUGUCCUUGUGUAAAAUUAUUACUGAUACCAUUAUAAUCUACACUCUAUUUAUAUGAGUAUUUGAAGUCAUGUUCAAUUAUUGUGGAUUGUUUUGUAAACUUGUAUUAACUUCGAUAAAAAUACAUGCAUUGUGAAGAAAUUUUUAAUUUGCAAUUUUAUAAAAUUGACUGUCUACUUUUUAUACCCUCUUAUAAAACUGGAAAGCUUAGGUUAAAAUGUAUACCUUUUGCACUUUUAAGAAGAAAUACUAUGUGUGAUAUGUAUCCAAACAACGACUUCUUUGUAUUACACACUAGAUUGGCUAUUCCCAACAAAAUGACACUGACCCUCAAGUUACAGAUAAUAGCGAAAAAGCUACCUGACAAAAAAAAAUUGUUCGGAAUGAUUCGUUUGUGCAUAUGUAGUAUAUAGAGGUCAUCUUAUCCAAACGAAUAUGUAACGACUUAAUAAACUUAAUUCCUAAUGUUAUUAUAUAUUUUUUUAAAGGGCGUACUUAUGUUUAUAACAGCCACGUUCGAACGCUGCUGUUGGUCUGCUUUAUUGAUAAAAAUGUUUCUGUUAAACUAACUAGUGUCGUUUUGCAUUAAAUGUUAUCUAUCUUUUUCU